AAAAGUGAUAAGUGAUAGCUUCGGCUAUACUUAUCUGAUCAAGAGACAAAGUGAUAAGUGAUAGCUUUAGCUACACUUAUCUGAUCAAGAGACAAAGUGAUAAGUGGCUACACUUAUCUGAUCAAGAAACAAAGUGAUAAGUGGCUACACUUAUCUGAUCAGGGACAAGUGAUAAGUGAUCAUACGUAAGACCAUAGUUAUACUAUGGCAAAGUGAAAGUGAAGUACUCAAUUUUCCGUGACCGUUCCCUAAUUUGAUUAAGGAUGGUAAGUGACAAAUGGGCCCAAAAGAAUUAAAGUAAAUGGAUAAGUGGUAGUGUAUUUAUAUCAGGACGAUGUUGUUAUUCAAACUAAAGUGAUAUUUUCAUUGCUAAAUUGAGAAUUUCAUAAAUGUGUUAUUGAAUGGUAUAAUCAAUAAACAUUGAGUUAAAUGGUAAAUACGUAUUAGUUUUGAAUUUGAUGUCAUUGAAUUGUACGUGAAUUAAAUGAAAAUUGCUAGUGAUAUGAUUUAAAUUAUGAGCAUGAGAAAUUGCGAAUUGAAUGAAAUGGAAAUGAAGCAUUAAAUUGCAUGAGUAUGUAUCGGGUCUCGCAGGCCCUAAUUAUUAUGAUUAUAAUAUUUUGAGGAUAUCUUGUGAAAAGUUAUAGAAACAUGUUAAUUAUUUUGAAAGUUUUAUAUAUUAAUGAAAUUUUAUAACUCGGUUAAAUACGUUUACAAGUGUAUGUGUUUUGGUAAUGCCUCGUACCCUAUUCCGGUGUUGGAUACGGGUAAGGGGUGUUACACAAGAUGUGGUUGCCGACAGCGGUGGUCCGGUGUUAGAAAUCCCGGUUAUUGAUAUGCAGAAAUUGGUCUCUGAAGAAUCAAUAAAUUCCGAACUCGAUAAGCUUGAUUUUGCUUGUAAAGAAUGGGGUUUCUUCCAGCUAGUGAACCAUGGAGUGAGCUUAACUUUGUUGGAGAAAGUAAAUACCCAGAUUCAGGACUUCUUCAACCUCCCAAAGGAAGAGAAGAACAAAUUUUGGCAGUAUCCAGGACAAGUUGAAGGAUUUAGGCAAAGUUUUGUCGUGUCUGAAGAUCAAAAGCUUGAUUGGGCUGACAUCUUUUACAUGCUCACUCUUCCACUCCAUCUUAGAAAGCCUCACUUAUUCCACAACCUCCCUCUUCCUUUGAGAGAUACAUUGGAGUCUUACUCAUCUGAGUUGAACAAUCUCUUCAAGGCUAUCCUUGCAAAGAUGGUAGAAGCUCUUAGUAUGAAAACUGAGGAAAUGGAGGAGUUUAUUGGAGAGGGAAGGCAAGCAAUUAGGGUGAACUAUUACCCACCUUGUCAUUUACCCAAGCAGGUCAUCGGCCUCACCCCUCAUUCCGAUGCUUCCAUCAUAACUAUUUUGCUUCAGCUCAAUGAAGUGGAAGGUCUACAAAUAAGGAAAGAUGGGAAGUGGGUUACUGUUAAACCCCUUCCGAAUGCCUUCAUCGUAAACAUCGGAGACCUUUUGGAGAUUAUAACAAACGGAACGUACCGUAGCAUCGAACAUCGUGCCACCGUGAACUCCGAAAGGGAAAGGCUCUCAUUUGCCACAUUCUGUGGCCCAAGGAAUGAUGGCGAAAUAGGCCCUGCGCAAAGCUUGAUCUCUGAACAAAGACCUGCAAUGUUUAGGAGAGUGAAAGUCAAAGAAUACUACAAAGGCCUAUUUGCUCGUAAGCUUCAGGGAAAAUCGUAUCUGGAUUUCAUGAGAAUACAACAUGAUUAAGAACGAAAUCAGUUGAUUUUCUAGUAGAUA